UGCGUUUUUCCAACGCACCGCCCUCUUGGCCCAGAUGCGAUCAAAUCUAACGAUAUAUCGAAAAUCAUAUUAUUUAAAAUUGCUAAGAAUUAUGAAGAGUAUUAUUUUAAUAUAAUUUCUUUGUUUUUUUGGUUCUUGAAACACAAUUUUAAACUUUCAUUGAAAGGAAAUAUACAGUAAAGAAGAAAAGUGCAAAGAGAAGAAUAUCAAUUGUUCUUUCUCCAUUUGGUCAAUUAACUUACUCUCGCAUAUAUUCUGCCUUUCCUUCCAAUUUAAUCACAUUUUCAACCCUCUUUUCUUUUUCUUUUUGCCCAAAUUUGGUGAACCCUCUUCGAUUUUCCCCACCAGGAAGAAGAAUUCAUGUCCUUCAGAAUCAAAGGAAUGCAAAAUGCUUCUUCGUAUAUGGGCGUGGCUGAUCACAGCCGAAACACAUUCUUGGAACUGAAAAAGAAGAAAGUGCACCGUUACGUAAUUUUUAAGAUCGACGAAAAGCAAAACGAGGUUGUUGUGGAGAAGACAGGUGGGCCCGCCGAAAGCUACGAAGACUUUACCGAUUCAUUGCCGGAGGAUGAUUGUCGAUAUGCAGUUUACGACUUUGAUUUUGUGACUUCUGAGAAUUGUCAAAAGAGCAAGAUUUUCUUCAUUGCAUGGGCUCCUGGAAUAUCGAGAAUUCGUUCGAAGAUGCUUUACGCCACAUCGAAAAACGGCUUCAAGACAGCUUUGGAUGGUGUUCAGUAUGAGAUUCAGGCCACCGAUCCUACAGAAAUGGACCUCGAAGUCAUCAGAGAUCGGGCCCACUGAAGAUUGAACAUCGUUUAUUUUUCUUGUGGUGCCGCAAGGUUUAAUUUCAAGCACUAUGGUCGAAAAAUUGCUGUAAUUGACAUGAUAAAGACUUGUGUAAAGAAACUGAAACAGAAAGAAUCUUGUUAUUUAUGAAUGCACCCGAGGAAAUUACAACCUUUU